AUGGCGUAUCGACCACCACCACUCACUGGCCUCAAGGUACUCGAGUUUGCCGGCCUUGCACCAGGCAUGGUGUUGGCCGACUCGGGCGCAUCUGUCCUUCGCAUCGACCGCGCUGUUGCUGGGGCCAAGGCAGUGCCCACCAGCGACAUGUUGACCCGGCACAAGGCCUCGAUCGUUGUGGACCUCAAGUCGGCCGGCGGUGUCGCCUUGGUCAAGAAACUCGGUGCACAGGCCGACGUGCUCAUCGACCCCUUCCGCCCCGGUGUGCUCGAGAAGCUCGGCCUCGGACCACAGGAGCUGUGCAAGCUCAACCCACGACUCGUGUACGCUCGCAUGACGGGAUUCCGACGCGAUGGCAAGUACGCCGACAUGGCCGGCCACGACAUCAACUACCUAGCCGUGUCGGGCGUGCUCUCCAUGCUGGGCAGAGCAGGCGACAAGCCACACCCGCCCAUCAACCUCUUGGCCGACUUUGCAGGCGGCGGCGCAAUGCUCGUGCAGGGAAUUCUCCUUGCACUCCUUGACAGGAGUGUAAGUGGCAGGGGCCAAGUCGUCGAGGCCAACAUGGUCGACGGAGUAAACUACCUCGCCACCUUUCCGCGCCAAGCGAUCAAGACUCCGCUCGGCUCCCAGCCGCGUGGCACCAACAUCCUCGACGGCGGCUGUCCUUACUAUGACACGUACGCGACAUCCGAUGGCAAGCAUGUUGCUGUUGGAUGCCUCGAACCGCAGUUCUUUGCUGCCAUGCUCCGCGGUCUCGGUGUGGAUCCCGGGACAUGGGCCACACGCCGCCUCGACCCAGCCAACUGGCCUGAACUGCGCAGGAUCUUUACCGACAAGUUUGGUUCCAAGACGCGUGCCGAGUGGGAGAAGGUGUUUGACGGCACAGACGCGUGUGUCACGCCCAUUCUCACGUAUCCCGAGCUCGAGGCGGACAAGCAGCGUGAGGGCGACCAGCGCCCGGCCAUCACUCUCGCCGACACGCCCAUGUUUGCGCUCAAGCGAGGUGCCAACCAGAGUGUUGGCCCCGCUGUUGGCCAGGGCGACGGUGUACAGGGUGAUGGGUACACGGGAUUUCCGCUCAGUCCUGGUGCUGGUGGUGAGGGGGUGCUCGAGGCGUGGCUGGGGUGGGCCAAGGGCCGCGAGUACGACGAGGACAGUGGCGGCGCGUUGGUGCUCAAGGGCAGGUUGAAUGGCAAGUUGUAG